CAUAGUUAUUGUUUGUCUCUUAUCCAUACAAAGGUUGCCACUUCCUACUUCCAACAACAUCAUCACUUUCUCUCUACUCUUUACACCCUCUAAUGGCAUUCACCGUAGCUACAUACGGUGGUGCAGGAAUCCUCUACAACAAGACCACCACAACAACACCCUACACCCUCCUACCAUCUUCUUCAAGAAGAACACUUCACAUAGUUUCAGCUAAGAAGAUUUCUUCACGUUCAAGAAGGAACCAACCAACAGAAACUGUUGAUGAGAAAAUAGAACCAAGGAAUGAGGUUGAAAUACCGUUUUACUCUGAUGAAGAUUGGCCUUUUGAAUGGAGACCUCCUGGUACUUACAAAGAUCCUGAUUUCUUUGAAGGUUCUCAGUGGAAUACUGUUGGGUUUGUUGGAGAAUGGUUGUGGAUUCUUGGUGUUCUUUUUGCGGUAUUCGGUGGUGGGUAUGCAGCCAUAAACUACAAUCUAGGCGCAUCAGAUUUUAAGGAAACUCCUGCAUACAAGGAAUCUCAGUCUCAAGAACUUUUAGAACAACCCGAAACAUCUGAAUCGGACAUAUUCGACUCCAAUCCUACAGAGGUAGCUCCUAGUUUGAACUAGUCCAUCCAUAGAUACAAGCAAACAUACCUUGUUUUAGCAUAUAUGAAUCCAGUUGAAUGAAAAUUUCAAACUCCAUUGCACUCAAUUUGUAAGGCACUGCUUCUGCAAAUACACUGAAGUGUAUCAAUUCUGAGGCAAAAUUGUCAUGUUGGUGCCUGUGUUGUAUAUUUUUUUUUUCAAUUAUUAGAAGCUGCAACUUAUAUAGAUAAAAAACCAUUGAAAUUUAGAGUUGAUAUUUGGAUUCGAUGUUGCACAUGGAUAGUGGUUUGUAUGGCUUAUAUGUGUGUUUUGAUCUGCUUUGUUUGGUUUAGUAUUUUGUUACAAAUGUUGCCAAAAUGAUGUUAUGAUUCACUUAAGUUA